AUGGACCGUACCGCGGAUUCAGAGCGGAUGCUCGGCUUGACCUUGUCUGAUCAGCGAAUCCUGCUCUAUGGAAUCCUGUUCCCGUGUACCGACGGAAGCCGAAAUCCCGUGGACUAUGUGAAACUUGCCGCUGCCCUAGAAUAUACUCCUUCAUCUGCCAAGGUUAUGUACGGUAACGCUCGUCGCAAACUGGCUCGCAACACGGGCAUCGACCUUCCGCACAAUCCUCGUGGAACUGCUCCUCGCACCAAAGCUGCCGGCACAAAGACAACAGGUAGUUUGGGCAAUUCAGAAGCACCUGCAAAGGUCAAGGAAGCCGGGGAAUCUGGGGAAAAGCUGCGCAAAGGUCGUCCUCCUGUGGCCUCGCGCAAGCGCAAGGCGGACGAGCUGGAAACUCCCGAGGCAGAGACCGUGACAGAGGCCAAGGCCGAAAGUCAGACACAGACGCAGGCCAAGGUUCAGGUUGAGGCGACGGUCGAGUCUGAGGCUGUUGCCGAAAUGGCAACUGGGAAUGCGGAGACGAAGGCUGAGUUAGACGAGGCUAAGCUUUAG